UAGUCAUUGUCUUUUUUGAGAUUGAGGUCCUCGUGCUCAACUUGCCUCACCUUCCUGCAGGUAUUUGUUUUUGUCACUCUUUCUACUAAACCCCAGUCUAUCCAGAAAAUGUUGAAACCAAAAGAGAUGGCACAGCUAAAGGUAAUACAGACUCAAGGCACCACUUCUUCCCCCACCCCUAUAUUUCCCUGUCACCACUACCACCACCACCAGAGCCUCAGAGCUGCUCUCUUCAUCUGUCUCUGCAGCUGACCCUGAACAAACGAUAUGAUGUCUCCCAGCAAGCUCUUGAUCUCCAGAGGCUCCGCUUUGACCCAGGUAUGGCUGACAGCAGCAAUUCUAGGGCAAGUAGGGGCAGAGCAGUCUGCCUGGAAGGGAGACUUAUAUGGAUGGCAACUUUGGGAGGGUUGGUGCUGGUGCUGGUCCAGUCAGGCCCCUCACAGCCUUCUGAUGCCCUUCUCUUGGCUUCCUGGAGACUUGGUGAAACAUCAUAUUGAUAUAAUCCUGAAUCAAAGAAACUACAUGGCUGCCACUCUGAAGAUCAUUGAAAGGAAUUUCCCUGAGCUAUUAUCUUUGAACUUGUGCGACAACAAACUGUACCACCUGGAUGGCCUGUCUGACAUUAUAGAGAAGGCUCCCAAAGUCAAGACCCUGAAUCUCUCCAAAAAGAAGCUGAAGUCGGCUUGGGAGUUGGGCAAGGUGAAAGGGUUGAAGCUCGAAGAGCUAUGGCUGGAAGGGAACCCGUUGUGCAGCACCUUCUCGGACCAGUCCGCCUAUGUAAGUAUCAUCCGGGAAUAUUUCCCCAAGUUGUUACGCCUGGAUGGCCAGGAGUUAGCAUCUCCAAUUAUAAUUGGCAUUGAAGCCCCUGAGAUAAUAAAACCUUGUAAGGAAAGCUAUAAAGGAUCUGAGACCAUAAAGAGUCUGGUGCUUCAGUUCCUGCUUCAGUAUUACUUGAUCUAUGACUCUGAAGAUCGAACGGGUCUCCUCAGUGUUUACCAUGACAAGGCCUGCUUCUCCCUGACCAUUACCCUCAACCCUGAGGACCCAGAACCGAGCAGCUUGGAAAAAUACUUCAAGGAUAGCAGGAAUAUAAAGAAUAUCAAGGACCUUCGUGAAUGUGUGACGGGCCUGAGGAUUCAGCUGCUGAAGCACACAAAACGUGAGAUUGUGGACUCCCUCAGUGUAUUGCCCAGAACUCAGCAUGACCUUAACUCCUAUGUGGUAGACUUGUGCAUCCAAACGGAAAGGAUGCUCGUCUUUUCUGUCAAUGGAGUAUUUAAGGAAGUGGAAAGAGAGUCUCCAGGUUCUGUUCUUGCCUUCACCCGAACCUUCAUCUUGACUUCUGUCGGCAAUUCCAAUCUGUAUAUUGUGAAUGACAAGCUGAUUGUGAGGAAUGCCAGCACGAAGAAGACCCAGAGUGCCUUCUCCAUCCCAGUGCCUGCACCCUCCUCCAGCUCCUUGCCUACCCUCUCCCAGAAGCAGCAGGAAAUGGUGGAGACUGUCUCCACCCAGUCUGGGAUGAAACUUGAGCAGUCUCAGAAGUGCCUUCAGGACAGUGAGUAGAACUACACCAAAGCUGACCAGGUUUUCACUAUGCUCCAGACCAAAAGCAAGAUCUCAGUGGAGGCCUUCAAGCAAAUCCCCUAAAAGGAGCCCUUCGAUGUCUUCUUUGUCUUCAUUCACAUCCUCUUUGUUUCCUCUUUUUACCAGCCUAAGGCCGUGCCCAGGACUGGGGUUGGCAGCCUGGCUCACCAGAAAGCCAAAGUUAACUUGCGGGCCGGGUAACAUAACCACUUGAAGAACCAGUUGUUCUGUGUAUUCGCCCCACUCAUGAUCACCAUUUAUUUUCAUAAUAAAGAGUGAUGUUACACAUUGUA